AUGUUUGGCAGCUCUGGGUCCCCUCCAAAGGACGGCGAUCCAACCUCCACCGACAAUAGCAGCGCAUCCAAGACGAUCGAGGAGAGUUCGAGUGCAGAGAAGCGCAGUGGUAAUGGCAGCCCCCAAGGCAGGCAAACAGGAGAGCAAGGCGGGAAUGGGGAGAAGAAGCGUAGGAGUAGUGGUGUCGGCACGAAGGCCAGCUCGUUGCUCGCCAGCGCGAAGAACUCAUUACACUUCAGCCCAAGUCCGAACUCAGCAGGAUUUAUGCGGGCCGCAGAGACAAAUACCCAAACGCCUUUACAAAAGCUUGGAAAGCAAGAUCCGGCGCUGAGUGUUCCUCAAGGUCAACAUAAUAAUUCAGCUGGCGAGUCUCUUCCAGGACCACGAUCGACAUUCACAGUUGGUGUAUGGGAGGAUAAGAACAAGAAAUGUCGUCGUACUAUGGAAGACACACACGCCUUCCUCUACAAUUUCUUACAUACUCCGGCACCAGCAUUGGGAGCAGAAACGACGAGUACGAAGUCGAAGUCAAAUGAGGAGUUGGCAAUGACGGAGUCUACACCUAGUCUUGCACCCACUGUAUCUGGUUCAGACAUGAUGGAGACAGAUAACGGCUACUUUGCAAUCUUUGAUGGACAUGCUGGUACAUUUGCGGCAGAUUGGUGUGGCAAGAAGCUUCAUAUCAUCUUAGAAGAAACCAUCCGAAAGAAUCCCAACACGCCAAUUCCCGAACUCCUUGAUCAAACCUUCACGACUGUCGAUGCUCAGCUAGAGAAGCUCCCUCUGAAGAACAGUGGCUGCACAGCUGUUUGCGCAGUUCUCCGUUGGGAAGACAGGAUACCUAACGCCCAAUCUGCUACAGGAUCAACAGCCAUUGCACCAGCCACUGCUGCUGCCGUCAAAGCCCAGGAGAAUGAGGAGAAGUCUGGAGAUAGUGGUGUUGACAUGAGCAAGACUCCAUCUCAAGUCAAUCCGGCAUCAAGUACGGCAUCGGUAUCCACAAAUAGUGAAGCAACACAUGCUCGGCUCCGAACUACCGCAUCACGUCAACGAGUCUUAUAUACAGCUAAUGUCGGAGAUGCCAGAAUUAUUCUGUGUAGAAAUGGCAAGGCAUUGAGGUUAUCGUACGAUCACAAAGGCAGUGAUGAGAAUGAGGGAAAGCGUGUUGCCAAUGCUGGAGGCCUCAUCCUGAACAACCGCGUCAAUGGUGUAUUAGCCGUGACUCGUGCUCUUGGAGACUCUUACAUGAAGGAUCUCGUUACUGGUCACCCUUAUACCACCGAGACCGUCAUUCAAGCUGACUUGGACGAAUUUAUCAUCCUUGCUUGCGAUGGUCUUUGGGAUGUGUGCUCCGAUCAAGAAGCUGUUGACUUGGUACGAAAUCAGCCUGACCCUGUUGCCGCUGCCAAGCAACUGGUCGAUCAUGCCCUCGCUCGCUUCAGCACGGACAAUCUCUCUUGCAUGAUUGUUCGUUUCAACAAAGCAGCACUUCUGACGACAACCAAGGAGCCUUCUUCUGCCAUUGGCGUUGAAGGUGACCCUAACUCUGUACCUGGCAAGCCCAGCGAAGUCGAGAAGAUUGUUGGCGAUGCUAAGAGAAAGGUCCAAGAAGACGGAGUUCCAGGCGUUGGUGUGAGUGGAAGCAAUAGCGGAAAGGGCCACGAUCCAAAGCUGCCAGAUGAGUCCGCUGUAGACGAUAGUGUCAAGCAGCGUAUGGAGAUGGAGAAGGUUGUCGAAGAAGAGCCCGGACUUGUCGAAGGCGACGAUCCAGAAAUGAGCGUGGAAGGCCUCCAGUCCGUGAGCCCAGAUACGAGGACGAAAUUGAAGCUCCCGGAAGGUGUAGGAAAGUGAUGAUUGUUAAUUUCUUUCUUCUCCGACUUAUAGACUUUGGGUUGCGAUGACGGAUUUGAUUUCGUGGGAUGGAGAACAGAGUAGAAGCAGCGGAAAUAAGGAAGGGCUGUCUACAACGCAAUGUUUUGAUGUCUUUGCCAUGAAUUGGAAUGAAGUUGGGGUUCUCUUCUUCUCUGCAGCUGGCCGACGAGG